AUGCCGGCUUUGCCCGAUCCCGGCUACUCCAAGUAUAUUGCCACCAAGGAGGGAAUUCGGCAAGAAGUCAAUGAGGCUCCGGAUGAAGGUGAAAAUCAACAACCCAACGCCGACUGGUGGACCAGUGAAGAUGCUUAUGCUAAUACUGUGGAGCAUUAUGAUCUCAAUGAGUUCCGUGGCUCUGCCGACGGGCUUCUGCAUAACAACAUUGUCUUGUUCUUGAUGCCACUUCGUAAUGCGGAACAUGUACUUCCUAUGGCAUUCCACAACAUCAUGAACCUAACAUACGAUCAUAGUUUGAUCGACAUUGCUUUUCUCGUGUCAGACUGUUCGCCCGGAGACCAUACUCUAGAGACAGUAUUCGAGUAUUCUGUGGCAUUACAAAACGGUACUUUGGUUGAUCUCUUGCAUGAAGACGAACUUGUGCGGAAACAACUGUCGGUUCGUGGCUCUCUGGACUUGUACCAGCAGUAUAUGGAUCCAGACUACAUUCAGAACGUGAAGCAAUCAUAUUACAACCCAAGUUCAUAUCAUAAAGACUACCGCAAGCCAUUUCGGUCGGUCUCCAUUUACCACAAGGAUUUUGGACAAGUCAUAGGUCAAGGGUUUUCUGACCGUCACGCCGUUAAAGUUCAGGGUAUCCGUAGAAAACUUAUGGGACGUGCCCGUAAUUGGCUUACAACCAACGCAUUAAAGCCCGAACAUCUGUGGGUGUACUGGAGAGACGUCGAUAUCGAAACCUGUCCAGGAAGUGUAAUCCAAGACUUGAUGAAACACGACUAUGACGUUAUGGUCCCCAAUGUAUGGCGGCCUCUUCCCACGUUUUUGGGAAAUGAACAGCCCUAUGAUCUCAAUUCUUGGAUCGAGUCAGAUGCAGCUUUGGAUUUGGCGAAAACAUUGGAUGAAGAUGACGUUAUCGUAGAAGGAUAUGCUGAAUAUCCAACUUGGCGGUACCAUCUAGCAUAUGGACGCGAUCCUAAUGGUAAUCCCGACGAAGUCAUUGAAAUGGAUGGAGUUGGUGGAGUUUCCAUUCUCGCGCGGGCGCAAAUAUUUCGUCAUGGUGUGCACUUUCCAGCGUUUACGUUCAGGAAUCACGCAGAAACAGAAGCAUUCGGUAAGAUGGCAAAGGCUAUGGGGUUCAGGGUGGCUGGACUUCCCCAUUAUACGGUAUGGCAUAUUUAUGAACCUAGCGAGGACGAUCUUCGAGAGAUUGCAAAAUUGGAAAGAAAGAAGAGGAGGAGAGGAUCUAGACGCGAAUAG